AUGACUCUUCCUGUAGUGCUGAUGGUGGCGGAAAAGCCAUCGAUCGCUGGAAGUGUGGCCAAUAUUCUUUCAAAAGGCACACACACGACAAAAACAGGCAAACUCCCUAUCCACAUCUUUGACGGGGAAUUCUUAGGCAAGCAAGUGACGUUCAAGGUUACCUCGGUAGUGGGUCAUGUGUUCAAUCUGGACUUUGCUCCCGAAUACCAGAACUGGGAGAAGACGGAUUGCUUGGACUUGUUCUCUGCCAAGACGAUCCACAAGGAAGCAAGUGGAGGAGUGAUCCAUCACCUUCGCAGCGUCGGAGCCAACGUUGAUUACGUUGUCCUCUGGUUGGAUUGCGAUAAUGAAGGCGAGAACAUUUGUUUCGAAGUUCUAAACUGUGUGAAACCCGUCAUGAAGAAUUGGCGAGAAACAAAGCGCAUCUACCGUGCCUAUUACUCCGCCAUCACGGCUCCCGACAUCCACAAGGCGAUGCGCACCCUAAAAGACCCCAACGAGAACGAAGCCCAUGCGGUCGAUGCCCGCCAAGAACUCGAUCUGAAAGUGGGCGUAGCGUUCAGUCGCUUCCAGACGCAAUUCUUCCGCAACAAGUACAGCGACCUCGACAGCUCCGUGAUCUCCUACGGCCCCUGCCAGAUUCCGACGCUCGGCUUCUGCGUCGAUCGCUUCGAUCUGAUCCAGAACUUCAAGGGCGAGGCAUUUCCACGUUUCCACUUUUCACCUGCAGCACUACUGGACGCUGAACGUCACCGUCAAGAAAAACUCCCGCGUUCUCCCGCUCUCCUGGGAGCGCGGCCGGCUUCCUUCUUCGUGUUCUCGCGGAAACUGGCGUCGGUGUCGUCGCUGACGGUGCUGUCGGUGCGCGAAUCGAACGGCGCGCGCGUGCGACCGGUGCCGAUGAACACGGUGACCAUGCUGAAACUGGCGUCCCGAUCGCUUGGAAUGGGCCCCAAAGAAGCUACCGUAUACGCGGAACGGCUCUAUCUGAAAGGGUACAUCAGCUACCCGCGGACAGAGACCACCGCCUAUCCGGAGCAUUACAAUCUCCUCGGGGCGGUCGAGCAGCAUCGAACCAAUCCUCGCUGGGGAGGCUACGUCAACGCGCUGAUCGCGGGGGGACUGCGCGUCCCGCGGAAAGGCGUCGACGCCGGCGACCAUCCGCCGAUCACGCCGGUGGUUUCGGUGGAUCCGUCGACGCUUCCGAGCGGGGAAUCCGCGCUGUACGACUUGAUCGCCACGCAUUUCUUGGCGACGGUGAGCGACGAUUGCAAGUUCGUGACCACCUUCGUGCGGUUUGGAGGCGGCGAUGAAACGUUUUCGUAUUCCUAUCGGCGCGUGACGCAGCCGGGAUUCACCGCACUGUAUCACAGCCAGUUCGAGGACGAAAGCGACGACGAAAACGACGCUUCGGAAGCCGAACUUGCGAUGGAAGCCUACUCCUUCCAAAAAGGCGAGGUGGUGGAGGUGGAUCGAAUCGCGGAGCGAGACGGCUACACGUCGGCGCCGGGGUAUUUAACCGAGAGCGAGCUGAUAAGUUUGAUGGAGAAAAACGGAAUCGGGACGGAUGCGUCCAUCCCCGUUCACAUCGCGAACAUUUUAGAGCGCAACUACGUGUCGCUGGGCCCCAAGCGAACGCUCAUCCCCACGAAAUUAGGCAUUGUGUUGAUCCACGGGAUCUACAGCAUCGAUCCCGAGCUCGUGCUGCCGAUCGUCCGCGGGAAUAUCGAGAAAGAAUGCGCCCUCAUCGCGAAGGGAAAGGCGAAAAUGGACGACGUCGUGGACCACGCGCUGCUGGUCUUCAAGCAGAAAUUCAUCUAUUUCAAAGAGCACAUCGCCGACAUGGACGCCUUGUUCGAAUCCGAGUUUUCUCUCCUCGUCGAUUCGGGGAAACCGUUGUCACGCUGCGGAAUCUGCAAACGAUUCAUGAAAUACGUCAAAAACCCGCCGCCCCGCCUCUACUGCGCUCAGUGCAAUGUCACAUACAAUCUCCCGCCCAACGGGACCAUCAAACUCUACAAGGAACUCAAAUGUCCGCUCGACGGUUUUGAUUUGCUGCUCUACUCCCGCGGGAAUUCGGAGCGUUUUGUGGGGGUCACGUAUCCGCUGUGUCCGUUCUGCUACAACAAUCCCCCGUUCGAUGGAAUGUCGCUGAUGGUGAGAACCGCGGGGAGGGUCGAGCGUAGGGGUGCAAUCAAUGUCUUCAUCCGACAUGCAAAUUCGGAUUGUUGGCGAACGGCGUGUAGCAGAUGUCCGAACGAGGAAGACGUGGACGGAGAAGCGAAGUGCAAUGGGAUGAUGGUGCUGGACUUGGAGAGUCGACCGAACUGGAAGCUCUGCUGCAAUCAGUGCAAUAUGAUUUUCAGAUUUACCGCCAAUUUGCACGAUGUGCAGGUAAUGAAGAAACGAUGUGAGGAGUGCGAGUCGUCGCUGCUGAAAGUGUCAUUUAACAAGAACAGCACGCCGUUGCCGGGAGGAGAGACGGAGUAUUCGGGAUGCAUUCUCUGCGAUGAAUUGCUGAGCGGGUUGAUCGAAAUGGUGUCUGGACGGAAUCGACAUAUCAGUUUGGUCCAUCGGAGAGGACGAGGAAGAGGAAGAGGAGGGCGAGGAGGGAAGGGACGAGGAAAAGGAAAAGGAAAAGGAACAGGAAAAAGAUCCGUAUUUGAUGAUAUGUGA